AUGAACAUCCUCUCGAUAAGCAGGUUCGGAUUCGAAGAUUGUCCCGAUGGAGGAGCAGCCGAUCUUCAAGCAGGACACGUUCGGCCUCAAGACGCUGCACGAUGCUGGAAAGCUGCAUGUCCUGGCCGUCCCGGGCGUCGAACACCAACAGUGGUUAACGUCGGAAGACGUUUUCGAGCAGUUCGUGCUCCCUCACCUCUCUGCCUGAUGCACCCGAGGAUUGCCAGAGCGCGUGAGCGAGGCUAUUGGGAUCCGUUCCAAGGAGCAGUUCUACCUGCAACCCCAAGAUUGAGAGGGUUUAGGGGUUCAGGGUUUAGGGUUGAGGCUCUAGUGGCAAGGUGA